AUGGGGAUGAUGAAAGGAAUUUUGUUUACAUGUAUCAUUCAUUUUUAUUCUUGUGUUGCCAACAGAAAUUACUUGAAUCAAUAUGAGAUCUUGAUCAAGCAAGGGUAUUUCUAUGACGUUAAAAGCCAAUUGGAGGGUUAUGGGUUCACAUAUUUCCAGCAGAUAGCUGGUGUGUCAAUAUUUGAAGGAAAUGAUGAGUACAAUGUACGCAGUUCAAAAGAGAAUGUUGCAGAGCUGAAGCAAAUUCUAACUGACAAGGUAUUGGACAUAACGCAGGCGUUUUAUAUCGACCCCGACCUGCCUAGUGUACUUGGUCAGUUUUACGAGACCGAAGGCGCAGAGGACUCUGAGGAGAUGGGUGGCAGGCUUUUCGGUGAUUCUGUUGAUGGUUACGACAGGAAUAUGUUCCUGACCUGCUCGCCUUACUACGAUAGUGGUCACGGUAUUGACGCUGUCUGGAAAAACUUUGACGGCUACAACGUCACAGUUGCCGUCGUUGACAUCGGCGUUUCCGUCAACCAUGAUGAACUAAGAACUCAAAUUCGGAUUGCUCAUAACUUUGAAACUAAUGACGAAGACGUAGAGCCAGAAGACUAUGGGAUCCAGUAUGGUCUACUCACGAACCAUGGUAAUUCAGCUGCCAGCGUCAUAGGAGCGGUGAAGGACAACACAUUAUGUUCUGCUGGCGUGGCUUACAACGCAUCCAUAGCAGCAUUAAAAAUUGGCAGAGUAUUAAUGAAUGGUCGAGUUGAAAUAUCGGUGAUAAAUAUAAAUGCUGCACUUGCCUACAAAUACAAUGAAAUCGACAUUUAUUCGAACAGCUGGGAUUUGGGAAGUACGGGAUUUUUAAAUUGUGGUCCAUCUGCCAGUGAAUUGCUGAAAGCGGGCGUACAAAAGGGGCGUAAUGGAUCCGGUUCCAUUUAUAUGAUCGCAACUGGCAAAAUUGGUAACUGCUUCUCGAACAGCAUAUAUACCAUAGCAGUCAACAGUAUUGGAACGAAUGGAAGUGUGCCUUCUGGCAUUAACCGUAGCUCAGCCACACUUGUCUCUGCGUUUGGACAAGCUAAAAAUAGAACUUCCAAGUAUAUGAUAACAGCUAGCCAAAGACCAGACAUAGAAUGCGACAAGAACUUUAAAGGAUCCUCAUCUGCAACUGCCAUCCUUGCCGGAAUUUGCGCGCUGAUUUUACAAGCGAGACCAACCCUGACAUGGCGUGAUAUUCAACAUAUAAUUGUACAUAGUUCUGAUGCAGUGGAGCUUCACAAUCACACAAUAAAUGGAGCAGGAAGAACUUAUCACGACGUUUUCGGGUUCGGGAUAGUGAAUGCAUCUAAGGCGAUAGCGAUUGCACAACCAUGGGUUAUGGUCGAGAAACAGAUGAACAUCACUAAGGAAUUUGAAAGGUUCAACACGUCACAUUUUAUAGCAGAAAUCCAAUGCAACAAUGGCUGUGUGCAAGCGAUAGAGCACGUUCAUGUUACAUUCAAGUUCGUAACUAAAGAAGCCGUCGCCCUUAAGUUAAUUUCACCAAGUGGGACAAGAUCAAAUCUGACUCUUUGCAACGACCUGACACCGCCUUCAUGGAAACAUGCCGAUGAUACUGGAACCUUGCUUUCUGUUAACUUCUGGGACGAGCAAAGUAAUGGAACUUGGCUACUGCUGACAGAACAAUGCACGGAAACCGAACGACAAAACGAAGCUGCUGACAAAGCACCAAUGCUACAUGCCGUUCGAAUAACUAUUUAUGGGACUGUAGUCGAGAAACACAACGAUGAUACCAAUGGCCAGCGUAAACCUGUAAUCGUUAAUACAACACUUAUUCUUGUUGUUACUUUAGUUGUUGCGUUAGUAUUAAUAAUACUGGUUAUAUGCGUAUGCAUACUGGGAAACUUAAAUCAAGGCCGUGACUGUCAUCUCAGAGACGUCACAUCUCCAACCUCAAAUCAAGACAGCGACUGUCCACUCAUAGAAUACACAUCUCCAACCUCAAAUCAAGACAGCGACUGCCCACUCAUAGAAAACACAUCUCCAAGAUCAAAUCAAGGCAGUUGUUCGCCACACAUAGAAGAAACACCUUUGUGAUGCUUGCAUGAUAAAUUACUGAAUAUAUCCGUACAGGCAUGUGUCAUUACAUGAAAGUAAACAAAAACGCCACGUAAGAAAAUAAAAUGAUAAAUGUCUCAUUUACUAUAUUCAAUAAAUAUUGCGAAGAAACAACAACAUACAAAUUAGAGAAUAUAUAUCAACCGCCGGAGGAUUCCUGGUCAACUCCAAAUAUUUCAAAACUUCAAUGUUAGCAAACCUCUGCAAAGUGUAAUAUAUUUCAAAAGUAAUUUUUAAUAUGAAUUCCGUAAAAAAACAAGUGUGAGAAUUGCUUUUAUGAAACUACCAUUGCUUUAUAUAAAUAUAUAUAAGGAAAUUAAAGUUAUAUUCAAUUUAUAUACCAUAAUAUCUUGCUUACUUGGUUAAUUGUAUUAAGAACGGGUGUAAGUUAUGAACAUUGUCUAAUCAUUGAUAAUUUUAUUAGAUAUCCAACAUUGUUAGAAAAGGUUAAAAUCGUUAGAUGACUGGACGGAAUUAUUGGGCUACUAAUUAUAUAUAUUUUUUAUUCAUUUGGAUUGCCCAAGAUAAAGAAAAUAAAGAUUUAUUAAUAUUUACUUUUAGACAAUAUAUAAUUGCCUGUCGUGUCCAAAACUGACACGAUGGUGUUAAUAAUUCCAUGAGUGGUACUUACCUUUGGAAAUUCCAUCAAACUAUAAGCUUUUGCUUGUUUUAGAUGCUUAGAUAAUAAAUUAAACAUUUAAGACCAGUGCGAAUAAGGACAGUCUUGUCAUAGCCUAGGUCACUAGCUCAUUACUGAUUUUCCAACUAUCGUGGAAAUCGGCCAGAAUAUUUGUCAACAUGAUAUUAAAGACCAGUGUGAAUAAAAGUAAUCUUGGUUACUAGGUCAAAAAUAAAGACAGAACUUUUGUCACCAUCUAAAUUUUGGUUUAGGUAUUUCAGAAUUACAAUUUACCUAAAUAAUGCUCCAAACAAUAAAAUAAAUGGAAGUUAACAGCAGAAUUACCUUUUUAUCCUCUUUAAACACCGACCUGCUGCAAAAUCGUAUUUGUCAAGAUUAAAAAAAUCCUGAUUUAAAGCUGUUACCGCCCGCAUUAAACCCUUUGUUAAUUGGUAUGCAUCUGAAAGCACUAUUUAUUAAUUGUAUUCUUUAAAUGUUCUGAAAAUGAUGAUACGAUGUCAAAAUAAGCGAUACAAGUGCAUGCUAUUUUUGUGUAAAUAAACAUUUUCAUAGAGACUGUCUACUGUCGACGGUUUUCUUUGUUUACU